UCUUUGAAGUCUCUUCUAGUGUGAUUCAUCUGAGUCCGAGUCCACAAAGUCUUGAAGUCCACCAUCCAUGGCGGUAUGCGUGACCGACACGGCUCGAGCUGCCGCUUGCAGAAACGGUGAAGCGGCGGCUCACCUGAAAGUGGUCUCGCUAUUUGUGAUUUUCUUCACCAGUAUGUUCGGCAUGUCGUUGCCGGUGCUAUUAGCCCGAUAUUUCCAAGGGAAAUCGCUCUACGAUAAGGCAAUCGUGGUUAUUAAGUGCUUCGCCGCCGGUGUUAUCCUCUCCACUUCCCUCGUCCACGUUCUCCCUGACGCGUACGCCGCACUCUCCGAUUGUCAAGUCGCUUCAAUGCAUCCAUGGAAGGACUUCCCCUUCGCGGGCCUGGUCACGCUAAUCGGCGCCCUGAUGGCUCUGUUCGUGGACAUCGCGGCGAGCUCGCAUGUGGAGCACUCGCACUCGCACGCGCAGACGCAGUACGCACUCGUGGGAGCACAGGAGAAGCUGGAAUCGGGCGAGUCGAAGGCCGAGUUGGGGACGAGUCGCGAAACCGAACGGGAAGCAGAGGAAAUGGCGAAAUUGAAGCAGAGACUGGUUUCGCAGGUGCUGGAAAUUGGAAUAAUCUUUCAUUCGGUGAUAAUCGGAGUGACGAUGGGAAUGUCUCAGAACGUUUGUACCAUUAGGCCUCUCGUCGCCGCUUUGGCAUUUCAUCAAAUUUUCGAAGGAAUGGGUCUUGGUGGUUGCGUCGCUCAGGCUGGUUUUAGCUUUGGAACGACGGCCUACAUGUGCUUUAUGUUCUCAGUGACAACACCAAUGGGGAUUAUACUGGGGAUGGUGUUAUUCUCAGUGACAGGUUAUGAUGAUAGUAGUCCGAAAGCUUUGAUCAUGGAAGGCUUGUUAGGUUCAAUUUCUUCUGGGAUUCUGAUUUACAUGGCUCUGGUUGACCUAAUUGCAUUAGAUUUCUUUCACAGCAAGCUUAUGAACUCCAACCUGACGUUGAAGAAGGCUUCUUUUGUUGCCUUGACUCUUGGGUCUGCUGCCAUGUCAAUUCUAGCUUUAUGGGCUUGAACUUAACCCCUCUUUUUGUUUUCUUCUUUUUUUCUCUGAUAUAGAAUUUCUGUGCUGAAUAAAACCUAGGGUUUAUUAAUGUAAGAUGUAUAGUCACUUGCUUGUCCUCACUGGCCUUUGCUUAGAAUGUUGAGUGAGUAAUGGAAUGAACUGAUAAAUCAUCAAUGUUCAGUAUGCGUGUGCGCGUGAAAUCUUUUGGAAGGCAUUAACAA